GGAAGUUUUGGAUCUCUGUGGGUGUUCAGAGUAAUAGUUCAGAAAUGCUUAGAGUGUGAGCAGGAGCCGGCUAGAAAUGGGAACUGGUCUCCUCAUUUUCAAGCCAUUGGGACAGGCUCUUUCUUGGUGAGGCAGCUUGUCAGAGAUCAGGGGUGAUGUCUUUUCUGUGAGGAGAUGCACCAUUGGAUGCAUAUUGCAGCCUUUGCAGGAGUGUUUUGUGUAUCCUUGUGUGCUGUCAUUGGUGUGUCAAAAAGCAAGUGCCAUGUUAAUAUGAGUGCGACAGAAAAGGCUAAGGCUUUGUUCUCUCUCAGCGUCAGUGAAAGCGCCCUGGCGAGCCUCUUGAGUCUGGUCCACCUCGGAAACGGAGAAGGCUGCUGCCCUCCAGAGCAGGUGGAAGUUGGCAGACAGAGGCAAGAGGCCCAGAGGAAAGUGGUUCACCUGCUUUAGAGCCUGUUAAGAAGAGAAUCUGCUUCUGCAGGCUUGGAGUUGAUUUGAACAUGUGCUGUUGCCAGUUCCUAGGCCCUUUCCUGGGGAGGAAGGGAACCUUGGGGUGGAGGAAGCACCUGGUAUGGCAUCCCUAAACAACAAGCCCACUGGCAGCUGUUUUGGUUUGUUACUGAACUCUAUACAUUGGCCUCUAGUGGGAGAUGAGCUGUGUAGCAAAGGCCCCAGGUGCUGCUCAAACACCUGAAUGUGUGCUCUGAUGAGCUGGCAGUGACUGAAACUCUGACUGCAGCUGCCACAGUGGAGGUGGCAGGCUGAGUUUGGGAUCUGCCAAGCUGGACAAAGAUGAAGAGAAGUUAGUCAUUAGCUGUGGCCCAUUCUUCAGGGGAGCAUGGACAGCAUGGUACUGUAAAAUUAGGAUCCCCCUCUGGUUUUGGUGGUUUUUUUCUCCUGUGUGCUAAACAUUCCCCUAUGUGAGAGGAAUGAUCUCUUGGGGUGAACCUGCCAUAAGCUGUUGUCACCCAACAGAACUUAUGAGCAGCUCUGGUGCUCUUCCUCUUGUUUUGCCCCUUCAGAGGACAGGGCUUCCUGUGGACUAUUGAGGGCAAAGCUUGAGUGAAAUAUUGGGCACAUUCCUGAAACGUAGGGCACAUUGAAAUCAAUCACAGCCUAUUCCACAGAGGCAGCCCAUUUCAUUCCUCUGCAAUCUCCAGCCUUCAUUCUAAUGUUCUCUUCUUUUCAGUUUAUGGAGAAUUCAUAGAUAUCUCAGGCAAAUCUUCUGAGCCUGAUGUUGUCACCGUUGGUGAUGAUGAUGAAUCCCCUGUGUGCAGAGCCAGGAAUUUUCAUUAAGUGUCCAAUUUGCAUGGGCUUUUACUCAGAGACUGGGCAGAGUGGACGAGAGCAUGUGACAACCGUGUGUGGCCUCGUGUUCUGCAGCGCGUGCCUCCCUGCUGCCCUGGACACUACCAGCAUGUGCCCAACCUGCAGAGAGGAACUCGAUGCAGAAAUGUAUUUUCCAAUUUAUUUAGGAGUGCUUCUGCUUCUCAGGAGUCAGAUGGAUUCCGGGGAUAGGCAAUGUAGAGGCUUGUUUCUUUAUGUAUAUAGUUCUUCCUGUACAUAGUUUCAUUUUUGCUGAGUUUGGUUAGGAAUAAAGUUUUGAUUGAUUUAAA